UUUUAAUUCACAAAGCAUAUCUACUUUACCUUAUACAUUAACUCCGCUCACUCCGACCAUCAUACGUUGGUGACGUCAUACUUCAUCACCUCACGCGACACUGCUACUUCAACCGCUCUACUUAUUCUCUCCUCUUCUACUCUAUAUCUUCCUCAAACCACCUCAAUUAAACACCACACACCACAAUGACUCGCGGCAACGAAUCGAACUCCAAGGUCUUCUACAAGGGCGCCAACGACGACUUUGUCGUUUUCGUUGACGACAUCGCCGCCCUCAACAACUGGCGCAAUGACCGCUCCAUUCCCCUUGCCCAGGUCUUGAAUGGGUGGAAGGUCUUUGUUACUCAUAAGCACGGAGCCCAGGGCUUGCUCGACGGCGCUAGCAAGGGCCUGUUGGAGAGCGAAUUCGGGACUUCGAAUGAAGACGAUGUUAUGACGAAGAUUCUUGAGAGAGGGGAAUAUCAGAUUUCUGUUAACUCCUCGCACCAAGCUGAUAAGGAUAUCCGGAAGGGUCCUUCUGUUCUUGGUCGGUAAACGGACGACUUAUAUGUUUUUGACGAUUGUCGAUAUCGCUAGAGCGUGAUACACUAUACUAUUUUUUCGGGAUUAUGAGUCUCUGGUUAUGGGUUAUGAAUGGUGUUUUUCCUUUGAGUUUACUUGAUAAUUGCAUGACUUGAUAAUGGUGAAUUGAAAUCAAUGGGAUUGCAUGAAUAAGUCUCUUCUUGACGUCGGUAAAUUGAAC